AUGGCAAGCAGCAGGGCACAACCGGCGGGGACAAGUCGCUACGGCGUGUUCAAGUUUUUCACGGUCUACUGCCCCCCACCGACGGCGCUCCGCCUUCCGCAGACACCACCGGCCCGUUCGCCGCCCGCUGCAAUCGAUUCCCAUUCCACUCCUCUCCACCUGCCCCCAUGUCCUCUCCAGUCCCCGUCUUCGACGCAAAAGCGAUGCCCUUCCGCCCGGUUGGGCCCCAGCGGUCUGCGCGUGCCGCUCUUCUCUCUCGGCGGCUGGCUCACCCUCGGAGGCUCCGUCGUCGGCGAGAGCGUCAAGGACAUCAUGCAGGCCGCCUUCGAGAAUGGGAUCAACAUGUUCGACACCGCGGAGGACUACCAGAAAGCAAAAUCAGGGGACACGCUAUCAAAGAACUUGGCUGGCGCCCGCACGGACCUCGUCAUCUCAACCAAGAUAUUCUGGAGCCACGAGCCAGGCACGGGCCCGAACGACACGGGGCUGUCGCACAAACACGUUAUCGAGGGCACGAAGGCUUGUUUGCGACGGCUCCAGAUGGACUAUGUCGACGUCAUCUUCGCGCAUCGUUGCGAUACCACCGUUCCGAUGGAGGAGAUCGUCCGCGCAUUUAACUAUGUUAUCGACCAGGGCUGGGCUUUCUACUGGGGCACCUCCGAGUGGGCGCGCACCAGAUCGAGGAGGCGCAUCGUGGCGUGUACCUCUCCCGAGACCUCCCGUCGCUUACCCGCAGCACAGAUGUUGCCACCGCUUAAACCUCAUCGCGCCCGAUCGAUCGGGAGCAGUGCAAGCACAAGUCUGCGCCAUCUUCUUUCUUCCUUCGAAAUAAUGCUGAGGAGACGAUAG